UUUUCGAUUUACAAAAUGAACCAUUACCGAUCUUUUGCCGGUUUCGAUCCUGUCCGGUCCGGUCCGAUUCUGGUUGGUGCAUUGGCCCUAAUGAUCUCAUGGGAGUUAGAAGUACACCAAAACCGGGACCCUUCCACAGGAUGACAUUGAGCCACAUGUUAGUAAGAGACCUGCCUUCACCUUCAUUCGCCACGUGUUCGAGUCUCAACUUCUUCCCUUCUCUUCAAACACUCACUCCUGUUUCCUGCAAAUUAACCAAAAAAAAAAAAAAAAAAAAAAGCCAACAAGAUCAUCCUGUUUUCCUGCAAACUAACCCAAAAAUUUCCUUUUUUUUUUUUGCUACGACGUUUAAUUUCCUGCAAAUUUCAUCACCAUGUCUCGUCUAAUUCAAGCUCGAUCUUCUCUUUCUAAAUUGCAUACAUUAGCAAUGUCUAGAAGUUGUAGAUUUCUGUCUGCAGAAUCUACAGGGAUCAAUGGAGGCUCUAGAAUUGAGGAAGCCGAAACAGUCAAUGUUCCUCCUCCCCCUUCUGAAAAGCUACUUGUUUUUGGAGGCAAUGGAUUUGUCGGUUCUCACAUAUGCAAAGAAGCUUUAGAACAUGGCUUGUCAGUUGCUAGCAUGAGCAGAUCUGGAAGGUCAUCCAUUAAUGAAGCUUGGGCAGAUAGAGUGAGUUGGCAUCAAGGAGACCUAUUUUCACCUGAAACAAUUAAAGAUGCACUGGAUGGAGUGUCUUCUGUUAUAUCCUGUGUUGGUGGCUUUGGGUCUAACUCACACAUGUAUAAAGUCAAUGGUACUGCAAACAUGAAUGCUAUUAGAGCUGCUGCAGAGAAAGGUGUGAAGAGAUUUGUUUACAUCUCUGCUGCUGAUUUUGGCGUGGUUAAUUACCUGCUGCAAGGUUAUUAUGAAGGAAAGAGAGCAGCUGAAACAGAGCUACUUACCAAGUUUCCUUAUGGUGGUGUUAUUUUGAGACCUGGUUUUAUUUAUGGGACACGCCGAGUUGGUAGCAUGAAGUUACCUUUGGGUGUUAUUGGAUCUCCAUUGGAGAUGGUUCUUCAACAUGCAAAACCACUGACUCAAGUUCCACUAGUUGGGCCUUUGCUCACUCCUCCUGUUAAUGUCACAGCAGUUGCAAAGGUUGCCGUCAGAGCUGCUACUGAUCCUGUAUUUCCUCCCGGCAUCGUUGAUGUUCAUGGAAUAUUACGCUAUGGCGGGCAGAAGAAGUAGAACAUAGCUUUGUACAUCUGCUUAUAACGCGUUCCAGUCAGAGUAGUCCUUGCUGAAAUUGUUAUGAGUAUGUCUUUGCUUCAUUGAGGGGAAUUCUGGAGCUCAUUGAUUCAUCAAAUGCGUUGAAAGAUGCAGUAAUGUGUCUGGGUGAUGUCCCUUUAGGUAGUUCGUCCUUGCAUCUGUUUAGGUGCAUAAUAAAUGCUCAUACAAAUUUUGUUACAGUAAUCAAUAUAUUUAAACUGAAUCUAGUUUUGAGUUUCAAGUAGCCAAGGUCUUGCCAGCUGCAACGGCUUGCAUAUGCACAUAUCUUGGGUUCAAUUUAUGUUCUUUCGUAUAUAUUAGCAAUAUAUGGUGCUUAACAGUGAAUAAUGAUUCAUUACUC